AAACAGUAACAGCCACUCUAUGCACUAAUACAAUAUAAUGUUAACUUUAGGUCUUCAAAGCUCUAUAAGCCUUUUUCUGUGUUCACCCUGAUGUGUACCUCAAUUCCAUUUACCUAUCUUUAGUCCAUAUACCUCAAAAUUCUUACUCAGCAAAUCCAUCUUUGGUUCGACAUAUAGCAUAUUUUGUGCCUAUAGCAAAAGGGCCACUGCACAUCCAAGAUCUUCUGAGAAGAAUAACAAAUCUUCUUAACCUAAAAGAAUGAAUGGUUUCUAGUAUGGAAUACCUCAUCUUGGGCGCAGAUGCGGCGUACACGGAGGAAUUUGGAGUAGGGGAUAGAGUCUUUGCAGGAAGCAGGGUGGGAAGAGGUGUAGUCGAGAUAGUUGUGGGAGUCAAUGGGUUUGUAAGAGAUGUCAGUCAAAAGUCUAUUUCUUGUGAUGGAGACUGAGAUGUUGGGUUUACUCUUUUUGUUGUGUGCUAUCCAGUCAGCGGAAAGACUAUACAUGAUUACAAUCGAGCCAUCCACAGUGUACAUAUACAGGGUAAAGGGAAUAACAUGCAGUGCAAGAUAAAGCCCAUAAAGUAUGAUGAAAGGAAGUCCAAUCGUCUCUAAUGGGGUAGACAGUAGCUCAGGAACACUCUCUAGUUGUUGAUGGGAUGGUUCCAUUGUCUGACAACAGCUGGAAAGAAACUAUCCCUGAAUCUGGAGGUGAUACUCGUCUUUGAUUACGCUGAUGGUCUUGCUGAGGCAGCGUGGUGUAGAUGGAAUCAAUGGAAGGGAGGUGCGUUUCUGUGCUUUAUAAUUCUAUGGCUCUCUACUCUCCAGAGUUUAGAAGAAUGAGAGGUGAUCAGAUUGAAAUGCACAGAAUUCCCGACAGGACAGAUACAGAAUUGAUGACUCCCCUGGCUGGGGUAGGCACAUGUUGGCAUUCAGGAUGAGGUUGAGAGGAAAUGUUGCUACUCAUGGGCAAUGAAUCCUUGUGGAAACAAGGAACUGCAGAUGUUGGUUUACAAAAAAAAGGACACAGAAUGCUGGAAUAAUUCAGCGGGUCAGGCAACGUGUGUGGAGAUCAUGGAUAGGUGACAUUUUGGGUCAGGGCCUUUCUUCCGACAGUGGAUUCUUGGCAGUUUCUAUGUAAUAUGUUAGGACACUCAGUUGCCGAGUAAAUUCAAGUUUUUUUAGACGUUAAGGAAAUCAAGGAAUAUAGGGAUAGUGCAGGAAAGUCAUUGAAUGGUGGAGGAUGCGAGUGGGGAAGAUUGACCUGCUCCUGCUUCUAUUCUGACAUCUUAAACAUAGGAGAUGUAAAAAAAAAAGAUUAACAAAAUCAUAAUUGAAGACAAACUUGCGUCCAGAAAUAAUGGAACUUAAAAGUGUUAAAUGUCGGAGCAAAGAGAUACAUUGGGAUGUAUUAACACAUAUCACAAUGUUGCAAAUGUAUUUACACCUUUGAUGGACAAUUCACGUGCAAAUUCAGCAGAUCUUAAAAAUAAUUGGAAGGCUAGGGAUGUGAUAAUGAGGUUAGCAAAUUGACCAGCAGGUUCUGGAGUUUCACGGUCUCUAACACGUCUCAUAAUCGAACGUAUUCACUGACUAAUUUGCAGAUUUGCAGUGUGUGCUAUUUUCCCAGCAAAACCCGACCUACCACUUCUCUCAAAUAUUGACACAUGUUUGCACCUGUACCUUAAUUGCUCAGGUGCUGCGCAAAGCUGUUUUGAGUCCAUACGUUUGGUCGAUGGACUUGCUUGCAAUUGUCUAGUUGCAGAUUUCACUGUAGGUUAAACUCAUCUCACUGCUUUCAUUACACAAAUGUACCAUUGGAGGGAUAUCUGUAAAAAAAAUAAGUUUACAGAAGUGUUUUCUACAAAACUAUCCUCUCUGCAAAUGGCAGUUAAAGGGACAGAAAUUGAAUUGAAAGUAGCAGUGAGGGUAAAAUUCUCCAGGCACCCCCAUCUUAUUAUUAUGCGAAUGGUACAGUCCAUCUCCUUAAUAAUUCUUCCUUUUUAAUGCUAUUAUGGGAUAGCGCUGGCUGUCAAGAGGAUCAUAUUUGUCUGUCAAGGAGGGACUGGUAUUUUAUGCCAUUGUUCUUACUGAUAGCAAGUGUCAGACACAUCAGAAGAUGAAAACUGAAGUUAUAACUCAAAUUGAAGUGAUACCUUGCAAGAUCUGUGGUGAUAAAUCCUCAGGGAUCCACUAUGGAGUCAUCACUUGUGAAGGCUGUAAGGGAUUCUUUAGGAGGAGUCAACAGAAUAAUGCUUCUUACUCCUGUCCACGACAGAGAAACUGUUUAAUUGAUCGGACUAAUAGGAAUCGAUGUCAGCAUUGUCGACUGCAGAAGUGUCUCGCCCUUGGAAUGUCUCGUGAUGCUGUAAAGUUUGGGAGGAUGUCCAAGAAGCAGCGGGACAGUUUGUAUGCCGAGGUCCAGAAGCAUCAGCAGAGGCUGCAAGAGCAACGGCAGCAACAGAGCGGUGAGGCUGAGGCUCUUGCCCGUGUCUACACCAACAGCAUCAGCAAUGGCUUGACAGACCUCAACAACGAAAUUGGUGGCACUUACGCUAAUGGACAUGUAAUCGACCUGCCAAAAGUACAAUCUGAGGGAGCUAAUGGAUAUUACAGUGUGGAUUCCGCACAACCAUCACCGGAUCAGUCCGGAAUAGACAUGGCUGGAAUCAAGCAAAUAAAACAAGAGCCUAUUUAUGAACUCACACCUGUACCAAACUUGUUUACGUAUAGCUCUUUUGCAAGUGGUCAACUGGCUCCUGGAGUAACAAUGAGUGAAAUAGAUCGCAUCGCACAGAAUAUUAUAAAGUCCUACUUGGAAACAUGUCAGUAUACGGUGGAGGAACUUCAGCAGCUGGCAUGGCAGACGCAUACAUAUGAAGAAAUUAAAGUUUACCAAAACAAGGUGAGGGAAGUCAUAUGGCAGCAGUGUGCAAUUCAGGUCACGCAUGCAAUUCAGUACGUAGUCGAAUUUGCCAAACGCAUUACAGGGUUUAUGGACUUGUGUCAGAAUGAUCAAAUUCUCCUUCUCAAAUCAGGGUGUUUGGAGGUGGUGUUGGUCAGAAUGUGCCGUGCCUUUAACCCACUCAACAACACAGUGCUCUUUGAGGGAAAAUACGGAGGCAUGCAAAUAUUCAAAGCUCUCGGAUGUGAUGAUCUAGUGAGUGCUGUCUUUGACUUUGCUAAAAGUUUAUGCUCCCUCCAGCUGACUGAGGAAGAAAUAGCUCUGUUCUCGGCUGCUGUUCUGAUAUCGCCAGAUCGACCAUGGUUAAUGGAACCGAGGAAGGUUCAAAAGCUACAGGAAAAGGUUUAUUUUGCACUACAGCACGUGAUUCAGAAAAAUCACCUGGACGAUGACACAUUAGCAAAGCUGAUCUCCAGAUUACCAACUCUAACUGCACUUUGCAACCUGCACACCGACAAGCUCCAAGCAUUCAAGCUGUUGCAUCCAGAGACUGCAAACAGCCUGUUCCCUCCCCUGUAUAAGGAGCUUUUUAACCCAGACUCUUCAGCCAUCCCCAAGUGACGGUGAUGGCUGACACAUGCUACUGCGCUUGGAACAAAGCUCUCUUCAGACAAAGGCACAUAAUGUGUACAUUCAAGACUUCUAAAUGGAAAAAAAAAAAUCACUACUGCAACACUAGGAAUGUCCUGCACUUAAAUAGAUUCUUUUUCACCACUACCGAUUAAAGAAUGUAAAUACUGCACCUGACCUGGAGCUUUGUGGAACCGGUCAGAAAAUGUACAAAAGUUAAGUCAUUCUUCUUUUAUCUGUUUUGGGGGUAAGUUUUAACAAUCAGAUGCUGGUUAAUGCUGUUUUAUAACUAGAACCGUGAUUUCACAGUAUUAUUCUUUCUAUUUGUGGCUUGGACAUAAUUUAAGAAAUUCGGCCUUCUAGGCUUAACUGUUUCCAUGUCUAUUUUCUUUUUGUCAUUUUUUUUGUUGAGUCUUGUAAUUUAAUUUUUGAUGUCUGAGAAUUUGACAUUUCCAAUAUAUGUCAGAAAAAAAUAUAUGUUGGGAAAAAGUGUAGGAGAGAAAAGGAUAUAAACAAAAGCCUUGUCUGGUUUGUUGAGAAAUUGAGUGUGGAUUCUGGUAUAUUAUAUGUAAAGAGGGUUUUAGGGAUUUGUUGCCUGUAAAUGUAAAUUCUAGAUUAAAAAAAAGCACUAGUUUUCCACAUUAAACUAUAUUUUUAUGUAGAAAGUUGCACAGAAUGACAAAAAACACAAAACAAAAAAGAUAGAAAAUGGUCUUUUAGCCACAGUGACGCCCACCAAAUCAUUAUGAUGGAAGCUUUAAUGGACUUUUUAAAUGAUAGUUUGUGUCCCGGUGUAUUUCAAAUAAGAAAUGGUAAUAAGUAAUGAUGUUCUACAGGAUUUAUAGGAUGUAUUUUUAUCAUCCCAUGGCAAAUUGACGGUCAGUGAAAAACUGUCAAUGUUACAAGAUAAUUCAUAAUUUGGUAAUAUGGUUCCCUCAGUCAUUGUUUUGCGUACAGAGGUCUGAUUUUUGUCAUAGAUGAUGCUCCAUUUUAAAAUUAUACAUUUUAUAUAAGACCACCCCUGCAAAUGGUCAUCAGGAUGGCGAUGCAGGAACAGUGGAACAGUGCCAACACCACACUGCCUGCUAAUCAACAUAAUUGUAACAUCCAGCCGGCAAAGUUAUGUGGAGGGGGGGUAGGUGGUCUAACUUUGUGAGUUACUAUCCUCAGUUAAAGCGGAGGCGUGCUGCAUUCUGUCUGGGAAUCUUUGAAGAAAGACGCAGCAAUGGAGAUUUUCACGUCUUCACAUACGGGGAGACUUGAUUAAAGUAGAUCAAAUCUUGAGAGGCAUAGAUAUUGUAGACAGUCAGAACCUCUUUCCCGGGAUGGAAAAAUCAAAUACUGGAGGGCAUGGCUUUAAGGUGAAGUUUAAAGGAAAUGCAUGGGGCAACAUAUUUACACAGAGGAUGGUGAGUGUCUUCAACACACUGCUGGGGUUGGUGGUUGAGGCAGAUACGAAACCGGCAUUUAAGAGACUUUUGGAUAGGCAUGUGGAUAUGCAGAGAAUGGAGGGAUAUGAAUUAUGUUCAGGUGGAUAAGUGAUGGUCUUGGCAUCAUGUUUGACAAAGACAUCGUGGGCCGAAGGGCCUGUUCCUGUGCUGUACUGUUCUAUGGCUUGAUAGAAACUGUGGUAAGAAGGAAAUGUGAAGGAAAUUUGCAGUACACUGGAGACCAGCCAGACAAGGUUAAGCCAAUGACCCAUGGAGGUUACUUAAAUCUCUGCAUCCAGGUUUUCAGGCUUGGCCAAAGGCUGGAAACCUGGACACAGAGCUGUGUGUUUAAUAACCUCACUUGCUGGCCAAGGUCUGUACCCUAUCAUGUGAAGCACUCUCCUCCAACAAAUUCUUGUGAAUCUCCCACCAACAAUCUCCAUCAUAUUAAUCAAGAGUUUUUCAAAGACUCUUUCCAACAUUUCAAUCAAGACUCUUUCAAACAUUUAGCACAGCUGCAAGGUCAAAGCCAGAUGUCACAGAUUGCACACAGGGUCAGCUGUCCAUCCGUGAAAGCCUCUCACUCUAACACAAGUAUAGCAAUAAUUGACAUACUUCCCUUCUCCCAGGUCAAGGUGGCAUGCGAGUAAGCAUGCAGGAGCUAAAGUAGGAGGGAAAGUGUACAUGUCAAAACCUCUGCAGCAGCGAGUAGUGAGCUUCAUUGGGAUGUCCAUUGUAGGAGCGGUGACACCGGCAGGACAAAAUAAUGGACGAUAAUGGCUUCCUCAUUUCUUACGCAUCUUCUCACAACCCACCUCCCCUUAAUUUGAGUUACAAUUUAUCAAUCAUUGGAAGCAACCACACUAACCUACAUUAACUUGCAGCACCCCUCCCCAUAACUUCAAUUGGCUUCCCAUCUCCUUCCAGGUAUUCAAGUAUGCUGCCCGGCUAUGCAGUGGAUCAGCAUGGAGAAGGGACACACUGGUGAAAAUCAAUUGACGUUUGAUUUCAUACUUGAAGUCAAAAAAAUAUAUCCCGGCUUGGUGUUCAAGGUAGAGGAAAUGAUAUAGGCAUAUGGUGAGGCAGUGGACACAAGAGGCUUGCAGUCAGGGUGACAGGCAAGGAUAGUCCAAUUGUUGACUUACAGAAGUGACUUGGAAGAGGCCUUCAGGAAAAAGCUGUGCAAAAUGAAAUGUUUGUUGCAUCACGAUGUUCGUUGGAAAGGCUGUGUUUACUGUCAAAUAGAUUGGAGGAUUGUGGCACCAACUUGGCACAGGACUGCACGUAGCUUAGAACUCAUCCCUCCCAGUGUGAACAGUGCCCAAUUCCUUGCUCUUCUUGUUCAAAAACAAAGUGCUGGAGAAACUCAGCAGAUCAGGCAGCAUCCGUGGAAGGAAAUGGUUGGCUGGUGUUGCAGGUCGGGUCCCUUCUUCAGACGGAUAAUGUUUCGGGACGGGACUCAUCUUCAGACUGAAAAUGUCUCAGGUGGUGAUCCUUCUGACUGAUGAUGUUUCGGGUCAGGGCCCUUCUUCAGACUGAUAAUGUUUAAGGUCGGGAUCCUCCUUUAGAUUGAUGUUGCUUCAUAUCGGGACCUUUUUUCACACUGAUGAAGAAGGGUCACGACCUGAAACGUCCUUCCACAGAUGUUGCAUGACCUGCUGAGUUCUUCCAUCGGUUGUAUUUAGCUCAAGAUUCCAGCAUCAGCUGCUUCUUGUGCCUCCGUGCUCACAUGUGACGACCCAGACACAGUACAGCAGUGGCCAGUAUGUCAGCUUCCCUUGUGGAACAGCCACACAGCAUCUAAUUGCUGCAGUGAAAGUACAGACUACUGUCUUGCCCGGUCAGACACUGCAGCUGUUGAC